ACGCACACCGCCGACGUCUGUCAGUCUGGCACCACGGCGCCCCGCGUGCAUGAUCUCUUGACGCAGGUACAGCUCCGCACCGGUCUCGCGCUCGUCUAGUCGCCCGUUCUCACGUUCAGUCGUCGGCCGGCGUUCCGUUCGCGCGCUCACUCGUGUCCCGUCCACGCGAAUAUCGUUCACCGCCAAUCGUGUGUCGUUUGCCGUUUUCAUUUAAUUAUAUUUUCUUUACAUUUUUUUUUUUUUUAUAUAAUAUAUAAUUUGAUUUCUCAGACCGUGUCCGAAAAGAACGAUAUUUUCACCUAGUCGGAAGACACGCACGAGAGUAUUAUACUCGGUCGACCGCCGCUGUUGCAGAAACGACCAGACAUCCACAAUAUAAAAAAAAACUCAAAAAGCAAUUCUCUGCCGUUGUAGAUGGACACCUACUGCUGCAGCAAUGGACGCCCGGGAUGGAUGUCCGUAGGAGAAACGCCGUUGUAAACUGUCCGACUGGUGCGACGAUGUUGAACAUUGUAGAAAACGAACAUCAACAAACAAACGGCGGCGUGGUGACCAACGGCGGUACAGUGACCGCGACCACGUUAACUGGUCUGAACGGCAGCACGGCGAUGAUAGCCAGGGAGUGCGCCAACUGCGGCAAACGCAUAACCGAACGGUUCCUGCUCAAGGCUUUGGACCUGUUCUGGCACGAGGACUGUCUCAAAUGCGGCUGCUGCGACUGUCGGCUGGGUGAAGUCGGAUCCACGUUGUACACCAAAGCCAACCUGAUACUCUGCAAAAGGGACUACCUCAGGUUAUUCGGAGCGACCGGCAAUUGCGCGGCGUGCAACAAGGUAAUACCGGCGUUCGAGAUGGUGAUGAGGGCCAAAAACAACGUCUACCACUUAGAGUGUUUCGCGUGUCAACAGUGUAAUCAUAGGUUUUGCGUGGGCGAUCGUUUCUACCUGUGCGAGAACAAGAUCCUGUGCGAAUACGACUACGAGGAACGGCUGGUGUUCGCCAACAUGGCCACGUACAACUCGUCCAGUCUGGCGCACAUAAGAAGGCAAGUCAGUAGAUUACAGCAGCCAGCGGCAAACGAACACGCCCACGCAGCAGCAGCAACAGCAGGAGACGUUGUAGGAUCGACCGACGAGGUGGACCGGUGCAGAGCCACCUCGGUCGAGCAACAGCAACAGCAGCAGCAACGGCGACCACUACCACCGUACGACACCGCCGCCAUCGGUUACAGCGGCGCAACAGCAUCACCAGCAUCGGGUCAGCAGCAACAACAUCUACAACAACAACAACAACAACAACAACAACAACAGCAGCAGCAGCAGCAGCAGCAUCAACAACAUCAUGUGCAGCAACACCAACACAUGCAACAGCACCACCAGUUCCUGUCCACAGCAGCCGGUGCUACGGUGCUCUCUGCACAUCAAUCGACGGUCGUCGUGGGAGGUGGUGGAGGAGGCGGAGGAGGCGGAGGCGGAGGUGGAGGUGGACGAGUCGACGACGGGUCGAGCGGCUACGGCAGUCCGGACUCCGAGACCGGCAUCGAACCGUCCACGGCCGCAGCCGCCGCCGCCGCAGCCGCCGCUAACAUCGGUGGUGCGAUCAUCGCGUCUUCGGCCACCGCGGCACCGCCGGUACAAUAAUGCCACCGUUGUGCCACCGAUUCCGACUGCGGUGUACACCUACGGACCUCGGUAACCGCGGUGCUGCUCCCUCCCCACCACCACCACCGUUGAAAGCGUAAUUUUUGUUCCGACAACAUGUACACGACGUCUCGUGUUGCGCCAAACGCUUGCAGAGACACAGACAUGCGUCAUGCGCGAAAAAAUAGUCCGUCUGCCAUUUAUCGUGUGUCACUCCGUCUUUUCGCGCCCGACGACGACCGAAUUCUGUUGCAAACGUUUUGUCGUCAUCGCGUUACGCCCCCCGCUACGAUGAUAACAUUGAAAUAACUAUAAUUGUUGGUACCUAAUAUUUUAUACCCACUACAUGUAAUAUUACAUGAUCAUGAUUGUCGAUGAUUCGUACGCCGUAUCGUUCUAGUCUUAAACGAUGCCAAAUUUACCCACACACACACACACACAUAUAUAUGUAUAUAUGUGUGUAUAUACUAUACACCUAUUGAGUAUAUUAUAUUAUUAUGGAUGUUGAUUUUUUUUUUUUUUGUCAUUUAAUUUUGUUUAUUUGUUUUGUUAUUAUUAUUAUUAUUAUUAUUAUUAUUAAUUAUAUUAUAUAGGUAUACUUAAUGAGAAAAAAAACAAUUGAUGUAGUUACAAAGAAUCUGCUGCACACGUGAAAACAAUAGGAGUUUGGUACGAAAAUAUAUUAUAAAAGUUCGAUGUCACCAUAACAAUAUAAUAAUAAUAAUAUAAUUAUUUUAUAUUAGACACAUCGCGGGCACAACGCGUCCGACUGGCAUAAUAUACAACGCCGUUAAUUUCCGUGUGUAAUCCGUUAAAUCCUGUAAAAACUUUUUGAAAACAAAUUCGAGUCGUUCUAGAAUAACCUCGUCGUGGUUGAUUUUUCCAACUAAAAUAUCGUUCACGCUUUUUCGGUUGCCCAUAUUAUAUUAUAUAUGUACACCUACCUACGAAUACUUUCCCUCGAAUACAUAAUAUUUAACAAAUCACGCGUUUCGUACCCAACACGAUGGGUACAUUCGAUUAUUUAGGUCUUAUGGUAUUGACCGUCAUUAAACGUUCAGUAUUAUAAUAUCUUAAAAAUACGAAACAAAAUAAUAACCGUGUACAUUUUCAAAUGCUCAAAUUUUAACAAUACGCUCACGGGCAGAGACGUUUUUAUUAUUUUACAUUGUUAUCAAAUGUUUUAUUCAUAAUACGCAUAAUACGAGUAUUCGAGCUGUGUUUGAGGGAUUAUUGUUAAUGUAAAUUAUUAUUACUUAUUUAUUAUAAACGGAUAAAUAUCGUGACCCGUUAAUAUAUAUAUAUAUAUAUUUUUUUUUUUUUUGAAAUAAUUAAAUAAGCGUUUAUACCAUUUCCUAUUGGGAUCUCCCCUAUCCCUGCCCUCUACGAAUCGUGUACAGUACCGACCUAGGUAGUAUAUAUAUAUUAUAUUAAUAAUUAUGAUUACUAUUUUGUGUAUAAACGUUUUAUCGGACUAGUAUGUUUUAGUUGUUUUUUUUUUUUUUUUUUAAUUUUUGAUGUAUUAAGUUAUUACACCUAAUUUUUAAUUGGUACUUGUUGUUUAGUAUACAAAACAUUACGGUUUCCUGACGAGAAAAAAAUUAAAUUUCACUACUAAAAAGCGUCCGUUUACUAAAUACUGUAAAGAACAAAAGAUACAAUGAGAUGAUGAUAUCGUUAUACUCAAUCGAUUAUCUUUUGCUGCAGUCUACAGCUUUUCAAUAUUUUAAAUGUAACAUAUCCGUUCAGAUGUUGUAUACGAUUGUUGGGAUAAAAUAAAAUCUGAUCUCAGAAA